AUGACUUUGUUCCCCACCAAGUUUGAAAAUGGGAAGAUUGAGUACAAGAUAAGGUACAAGGGGAGAUCAAGGCCAUUCUCUAGAGCCAAAGCCUUGGUGACUUCAGAACAAUCCAGGGACCCAUCCAAGCUAAAGGAGCUUCUGUCUCAAGUCCUCACUAUCACCCUUGAUGGUGACAAAGGAGCCAGCUCGACCGACAGCUCGAUCGAGCUAGAAACAGGGCAACUCGAUCGAGUUCCACAACUCGACCAAGGAGCAUGGAGGGACUUGGCACAUGGAAGCAGCUCAACUGGACACGCAAAGGAAGAAGGGAGAAGCCAUCUUGAAGACCAGCUCGACCGUCCACUCGACCAACCGGUCGAGUUCCUCAACUCGACCGGCCAAGCUUCAACUCGAUCGAGCUGGAGUCAAAGUCAAACCCGAAAAAUGUUGCUUCCCCCUUGA